AUGACCUAUGCGAGAACAUGUGGCUUCUCUGUGAGGCAAGGCACACUAAAGCGAGGCCGUGAUGGCAAGGUUACAACACGUUAUUUGUUAUGCAACCGAGAAGGCGUAAAAGGUGGCGGUAGAAGCACCCCAAAACCAGUAGAGGGUGGCAGUGGUGGUCCGAGCACUCAACGUAGGAGACGAGUAUCUAACAGGGUUAAUUGCAACGCUCGAAUUUGCAUCACAAAAGACAAAGGUGCGGGCUUCAUUGUCAGUAUUUUUGUUCCCGAACACACCCACCGCAUGUGCUCCGAGCCUUCGAAACUGUUUAUGCGAAUCAACAGAAAACUGGACGUGGCCCAGCAAGCGUUCCUUACGAAUUGUAUUAAAGUUAACGUGGGUGGGUCUAAAGGCUUCCGAUUAUACAAGGAAUCAGUGGGGUCGUUCGCCAACGUUGGUGCAACAGAAACGGAGUUCCAUAAUUUCAAACGGGACCUCCAGUCAUACGUUGCCGAUAAGGACGGAGAGAUGAUCAUUGCAAUGUUUAACCAAAAACAUGACGUCUUGCACGUUGGUGACAUGUACAGUUUGGUGUUCAUACCUUUUACCGGAGUAGACCAUCACAAACGGUGCAUUACGUUUGCUGGUGGGUUGGUAACUCGAGAAGACACUGACUCAUACGUGUGGGUCCUGGAGAGAUUUAAAACAGCAAUGGGAAAGAGCCCCUUGUGCGUCGUAACUGAUGAAGAUCCGGCUAUGAAGAGUGCUAUUGCACGAGUACUGCCAGAGUGCCGUCAUCGUUACUGCAUGUGGCAUAUCAUGACCAAAGUGAGUGAGAAGUCAGGGGCUGAACUAUCAAAAGAUCAGAAUUUCCGUAACCAGCUUAACAACAUUGUGUGGAAUGAGACCAUUAGCAUUGAUGAUUUUGAAACGCAAUGGCAGUCAUUAAUGGAGAAGUACAACUUAACGGGGCACCGAUGGUUUACUAAAUUAUACACAGACCGGAGGUUUUGGAUUCCUUCAUAUUUUUUAGAUUUACCCAUGAGCGGUGUUCUACGUACCACCUCGCGUUCAGAAGCGGAGAACAGUGCGUACGGUAAAAACACACGCCCACAUUGUAGUCUGGUCGAGUUCUACGUGCAAUUUGAGAGCGUCCUAGAAACUCAACGGCACAGACAAAGUAAAUUAAAUGCUGAGAGUGAAGGGUCCUUGCCUGAUUUCAAAACUCCUUUAGCAUUGGAGCGACACAUGGCGCAGGUAUUUACCUUAACAGUGUUUUAUGAGCUCCAGGUAGAGAUCGAAGCUGCAUGUUUUUAUUGCAGUGUUGUGGGGAUCCAUGCAUAUGGUGAGUGCAUCCGUUACGACAUUAGAGGGGAGUACAACGUUGUCCAUACUGUUGAAUAUACCCCGUCUUUGACUAUUGCGACAUGUAGCUGCAAGUUGUUUGAAAGAUUGGGGUUUGUUUGCCGGCAUAUGUUUCUUGUGUUCAAAGAUGCCGAAAUGGUGAGCUUGCCAUCGCGGUACAUCGCAGCACGAUGGUGUAAGCAAGAAGGACUAGCUAGCUGGUGUGCUCGAUGUUCUGACUGCCCUCCUUUAGAAACUGUGCCUAGUCAGUUGUGGACUGAGAUACACAAUUGUGCCGUGAUAGUUGGAAGCAAUAAAGUGCGCCAAACGCGAAUGCUACAGGUAAUAAAAGAAUUAAGAGACGAGUUUCUGGGCGACGGUAUGGACGUUGACCCCUCAAAAGUAAACGGUGUUGCCAUUGCAGCUUUGUGCGGUGUGGAGCCGCCGACGUCCAUAAUUAUCAAACCGCCAGCUCAAGCAAAAAACAAAGGGACCGGCAAGCGAAUUAAAAGACAACGCGAGUUAGCUAUUGAGAGGAGUGGCAAGGCUAGCAGAAAGUGCGGGGUGUGCGGCGAGUAUGCACAUCAUAAUGCCCGCAGCUGUCCGUUGAAGUGA